GCACAAGAAGCCUGUUGUUUGCUCACUAAACCCGUUGCGCAAGUGUUCUAAUUUUCUAUCUAUACCAACCGGAAAGACAUUCACUUGCCAAUGGCGCUUCACUUUGACUAUAUCCUUUUUGCACCGGGAUUGGAUAACAAAGAAAUCCUUACUUUCACAUAAAGAUGUCACUGUUUACAAGUGACUCUCAAUCUUCAAACUCUCAAUUUAUUAAUCAAUAAUUUAGUUGUAAUGACUAAAUGCUGGCAUUCAAAAUGUCAUAUGACUUUUGUUACAUGAUAGGGGAAAUAUUCUUUCUCUGUUACCCGAUUAAAGCUCCUCCCUUUCUAAACACAGCCGAAUCAAAUGGGUCCUUAAAUCCAUAAUCCAUCCACAUGGAUACUUCCAAACUCCAACAAGCUUGAAGCUAUUUCUAGAUUCCCAAGGCUACACAGAUUCUUUACUCUUAUAAUUUUGGAAAGAAACGACACUAGAAUUGAUGAAGUUAAUGGAAGCGGACCCAGUAGCAAAGGAGUUUCCAGUUCCACAGUCAGAGGUCACCACACUAGAGCCGCCGCUGCCGCCGCCCGUGGAGGCAUUGCUGCAGAAAAUAUGUGUGGAGCAGUCCCAGACGCCGCCGGACGCGGUGGUUAGGAGGCGGCUGGCCGCGGUGGGAGAAGAAGGGGCGAAGGAAAUCUUGGAGAGAGUUGCUGCUCGGAAGGUGAGAAGGUUAAUAGUGUAAUUAUAAGGACUCUUAUGUAAUUACUCUUAAUAUUGAUUAUUAUAAAUACAUGCCUAGGGCUACCUAUUGGGUAAGCCAUUCCAUCACAAUUAUUCUCUCAUAUGGUAUCAGCAGCCUAGAUUUUACAUCCUAGAAAAAUAUGUCGACUACUCCUUCUGCGGCGCACGUACCUCCCUCCUCGUUGCCGCCUGCAACUACUCAGCCGAUUCUCUCAACUUCAACAUCCGGCUCUUCGUCGAUCAACACCAGCACCGUGCCGGUUACUCUCACGCCUACAGCGCCCGCACCGACGGAGCAGCACUUCUCCCCCGGCGUCACCAUGUCACCGCAGUUGUCCUCUCGGCUAACAAUGCCUUCUACGUCGUUGGGAUCUUUUCGUCUGUUUAAUAUGUCGGAACCCUUCUCUUGGACGCCAACUAUGCCCUCCAUCCAACGGCCUACUGUAUCAGUCCGUCCGGCAGCUCCUCUUCCCACGCACUAUUCAGGUCCCAUGUUCACAGGCCAGCCGGGUGUCAUGCCUUUCGAGUCUUCCUCCACAUAUGAGCACACUGCCACUCCGGUAACUACUUCCACUUUAUCCCAAUUAUCAUCUCAGUUAACAUUUUCUACUCCCAAUGUUACCAAUAUUGUGACUACUCGUUUGGAUAAAGUGGAGGAUUAUCUUCCCUGGCGUACGCAGUUUGAAUCAUUUUUAGUCUCUCAUGGAUUGUUGGGGAUUAUUGACGGAUCCAUCCUUGCCCCACCCCAAACAAUUUUUGAUGCCCCUAACCCUGAGUAUCAUUCCUGGCUAAAAAUAGAUCAGACUGUUAGGUCAUGGUUGUUUGCUACUUUAUCUCGCAAUAUUUUACUGGAAGUACACACUCUUCACUUUUCUACCUUAACUUGGGAAUGGUUGGAGACUCGGUUCAUGGCAGCCUGUGUGGCUAGAUCAAUUGAACUCAAACGAAUUUUAUCUAGCUUAAAGAAAAAGGAUGACCAAUCCAUGGAUGACUAUUUGCGGGAAAUAAUUGUUUUGACUGAUUCCCUAAACUCAAUCAAUUCUCCAAUCAGUAAUCGUGAACUCCUUCAGCAAACGGUUGCUGGUUUGGGACAUGAAUAUGAAUCAGUCAUUACUUCUGUUACUUUAUUCCCGGAUAGCUUUACCUUUGAAUCCUUGAGGCCCCAAUUAAUGGCAUUAGAACAACGGGCACUUUAUCUUCGAACUCAAAAUGCUCAUCCGGGACACCAAGCAUUUGUGGCACAUGAGCAGCAACCUGCAGUCCGCCCUCCGGGCCGAGGGGGUUCAGCAGCUCGUGGUAAUGGGGGCAGGGGCUUCCGCGGUGGUGGUCGCGCUCGAGGACAUCGUGGUCGUGGUAGAGGCUAUGGAGGACAACACGGCUAUGGUUAUGGAGGACAGCAGGGAGGUUACGACCAACAGCCUGCAUGUGGUCAUCCUCCUCUUGCUCCAGUGCCUAGACCGUACGGGUGGCAGCAGGGAGCUCCUCCUCGGGCUCCUCAACAGGCUGGGUUUCCAGGUAUGGCAUCGGGUAAAUUUGGGUCUAGUUUAUAUAGUAUUCAUGCUUUAUCUACUUGUGUUACUCACCCCACUUUUGCAGGAUUCCCAUCUGUUGAGCAUAAUUAUCCAUCCCCUGCACCGCUUGUUGUUUGUCAACUUUGUUAUUCCCCAGGUCACUCCGCUAUAAAUUGUCCUCGUUUCACUAAUUCUACACCAGCCUUGGCGGCCAUUCCUACGGGUGAAACAAAUGCGUCUGUGUGGUACCCGGACUCAGGUGCUUCCGCUCACAUGACCCCACAUGAAGGACAAUCACACGGGAGCCAUACUUCUCCAGGCCUCCAAUAAGGACUCAGUUUAUCCCUUUAGAGCAGCCCCGUUGCCUACUCCGUCUCUAGCUCUACAAACCAAGCUUAUCUCUGGUCCAGUCUGGCACAAGCGUCUUGGUCAUUGUGGGGAUCGUGUUAUUUCAGUCCUUAGGAACAAUAAAUUAAUUACUAGUACUAGUACUUUUUCCCAUGAUUGUGUUUCGUGUAAACUGGGCAAGUCCCAUCGCCUUCCUUUUUCUGAUGUUACUCGUACUGUUACUGCUCCAUUACAAAUCAUUCAUUCUGAUGUUUGGCAGUCGCCUGUGUUAUCAAACUUAGGUUUUAAAUAUUAUGUCUCUUUUAUUGAUGAUUU